AUGCAAAAGGACAACAAUGAAGAAGCUUCAUCAGGACAGGGUCAUCCAUUGCAAUUGCUUAAAAAAGUAUGGUAUCAAGUUAGACAAUUGGAAAACAAAAAGACUUUAGAGUUGAUAACUGAACCUUGGCCACUAUUGUUUGAGGCAGUAAAAUUAGGAAAUGUUGAAGUUGUUAAAUGGCUUCUUUACAUGAAUCAUGAACUACUUAUGAUAAAGGAUAAUGGAAGGAACCUACUUCACUUUGCUGUUUCCUAUAGACAAAAUAGCAUUUUUGACUUUAUACUUAAAAUGGGGACAGUGAACCUUAUAAUACGAGCAGUGGAUACGGAUCGUAAUAACAUUUUGCACUUAGCUGCAAGUGAGCCACAAGAAGUAUCAUCAAGUUUGAGACCAAACAUUCGAAUGCAAAGAGAACUAGAGUGGUUCAAGGAAGUGGAGAAGAGCGUUCCUGCUGAAUUAAGGACAAUGAGAAACAGCGAAGACAAGACACCAAAGGAUAUGUUUGAUGCUAAUCAUAAAAAGUUAUUAGACGAAGUUAAAAAAGCAGAAAAAGGAAUAGCCAAAUAUGGCAUGCUUGUGGCAACACUUAUUGCUACAGUAGUAUUUGCUCCAGCUCUCACCGUUCCAGGUGACAAGACCAAUGCAUCGUUUGUUGUCUUCUUCUUGACAAAUGCAGUUGCAUUAUUCACUUCUGCUGCAUCUAUAACCUCUUUCUUGUCAAUUUUGUCUUCACCAAAAUUCACAGAAAGCGAUUUCAUCCUCUCACUUGGGUAUGUGUUUCUGUUUAUUUCCAUUGUCACUAUGAUAAUAGCUUUUGCUGCAGCCUCCUUUUUGAUAUUUGAUCACACAUCCAAGUGGGUUGCAUAUGUAGUGGCAUCAUUGGGGCUCCUCCCAGUACUUCUGUUUCUUGUGCUUCAGUGGAGCCGUUUCUAUGGUGCCCUUCAUUACUUCAACGGGUUAAUUAUAGAUACUAUCUUCAAUUUUCGAAGAAAGUUCGUACCUAUGGAUGUUAAAUAUUACCCAAGGGGUGUACCUAUGUGGGUAAUACAUAAAAGAACCUGGGUUCCGAUUCCAAGAGUUGAAGUUAGGGAGAUAUUUGAGGCCGACUUGUUUCAAAGAGAUAAUUAG